AUGACUGUCAACGAAGCGUGCAAAAAACCAAUCGAAGAGUUCAACUAUAAAAUAAAAUCCAAGAAACGGGCUAAGAAAAUGAUUGAAAUAGAACAAAACCAACUCCUUCCUGAUGAUAUCUUUCGCGAGAUUAUCAAUUUCUCGCUGAAUUCAAAACAUCUGAUAACUCUGAAAAAUCUUAAUCGGAAAUUUGCGUCGAUGGUUGUGAAGCAAAUCGAACUAAACUCUCGCGGCUCCCCAAUUUCAAUUGACAUCGCCGAAUUGUUUAGGGAAAAUAACCCGUUUCGCCAAAAGUUUUACGAUAGUAUGGAGAAGGGGGAUGUAACUCGUUUGCACGACGACCUUCGAUUGCUGGCCAACCUUUUAGAAGUUUAUACCGAAGCUUUUGGUGGCAGCCAUUUUCAAUUAGUUAAUUUGAAUGCAAAAUCAUUAGGAUGGUUGGCGAGGCAUGAUGAAGGCGAAAUGAAGCGCGCGCCGUUCCUCCUUCAGCGAAGAUUUGUGUACAUUCUGAAGAAGUUCAAUAGUCAUGUCAUUGAAUUUUCGCCAGUUUUCAUGAAACCUUCGCGAUACAUACGAACAUUUAAUCAUAGAUUCGAAACUAUAACUGAGUUGAACUUGGGAGAAACAAAACCAUUAGCUGUUUUGAAACUUCGCGAGGUCGUAUUUCCGGCUCUAGUGAAUCUUGAAAAUCUUAUUUGGCACGUUGCCAAUAUUAACUUCAUUUCGAAGCUUCCCAAUAUCAAAAAUAUGAAAAAAUUGAUACUAACAUGCCAUCCCAAAGGUCGUCCAACGGCCAAGAAUUUUGAGAUUUUGUCAAAAUUUGAAAAUCUCGAAGAGUUUUGGUUGGGUCUAACGGUGCCCAGAAAUCCGUCGAGAAUGAUUAUGGAUAUUGUGCUCAAUUUGUAUCAGACGAUCUGGGAGACAAAAUUAACCAAUGAGAGGGUCCCAUCGAUGAGAAUUAAUGGAAAAAUCAUUCGGGACCAUUAUACGGCACUGCCGAAUCUUAAAAUAAUCGGGUUCUGGAAUAGUCCCGAAAAGAUAUUUGUACGAAUGGUGGAGCGGAAUAUUUCCUAUAAAACUGUCAAUUUUGGAAUUAUCACUCAAGAUUUGAAACAUUUGUGCUCGUUUGACUCUCUUGCUCAAUCGUUGUUCAAGUUUGAGGAAGCUCUUGAUUUGGCGGGAACGCCUAAAAUUCAAAAUUUGAAUCUCAACCUUCACGCAAUGCCAGUCGUUCCUCUUGAAUAUUACCUUCCAAACUUGAUGAAUCGCAUCAAUAAUUAUGAAAACAUCAAACAAUUAUCGAUAUUCCUGAAUUGUAAUUUCAACGCACGAAUGGAUGGCUCGUGGAUUCUCGACGGCAAAAAGCACACCAGCAAUUACAAACUGAAUUCGACAUACUCAACAUUUUCGCUUCACGUCAAUGGCUACUGUGAGCUGAAUGAGCUCGAACUACAACUUCCAAUGACGCUGUCAUCGUGCUCAAUCUCCCUGAAUCUACCCGAAGACGAGUCGUCAUCGAAAUGUGUUUCAUCGGCAAUCAAAUUCAUCACAAAACUUGGAGAUAUCAACGCGUUUCCCGAUUUGGAUGAGUUUCAUAUCCAAAUUUGGGGGGUUCGAUGCAUGGAGGAUAUUGUGGAUGCUAUUGUUGAGAACUUGGCGAAUUCGAUUAAAAAGCUUUCAAUCAUCGCGAUGCCAAAAGACGAAAAUCGAAAAGUUUGCAAACAUCUUGUGAAAACGGUGCGCAGAAGCUGCGAAAAAUUGCAAUGCGUCACAUUUUCAAUUCCAUUCAUUGAGAUAUUUUUAGAUAGCGAAAAAUUGACGUCGCAAUGGAAAGGGCACGUGUUGAACAUGGCAAGAAAAUGGAAAUUUGACACUGAGAAAUGUCAAUUGCGCGUUGGCUGCGUUCCGAUUGGCGACUAUGAAGUUGAACCCACCUAUUCGGUGAAUUACAAUAAUGAAUAUCAAGAUGAUGAUGAGGAGGAGCAUCUCAACAAUACUAGUAUGGAUAAUGAAGAAUGUGACAGCGAUGGUAUUGUUGACGAUGAGGAGGUUGACGUUGAUGCUUCGUUGGAUGAGCUCGAGCUCAUGGAGCAGCAGCUUGAGAAUGAGACGAAUCGGAGGCAUAACAGAUGGUCUAAGAAGCAGAGAGCCAUUGAUGCGGAUGAGCCAGUUGAGCUUGAGGAAUCAUCGGACGAUGUUAUCGAUUUUGACGCUCUAGAUGAAGAGGAAGACGACGAAGAUGAUAGCAACGGGAAAGCGGGUGCCUUUUUUGAUGAUGAAGCCGUUGAAUCGGAUCGCGACGAAUCGGAAGAGGAGGCGUUCGAAGAGGAUGACAGCGACGAGCAAGAUUUUGACGAAGUUGGCGAUUCUGAUGAUGAACGGCUUUUUGACGCCGAUCUUGACAGAAAUAAUCGUCAACGAAAGCGAAAACCAGAAGCCGUUGAGAAAAAGCCGAAACGGAGGCGAAUUAUUGUGUCCGAUGAGGAAGACGAUGAAUGA